AUGACGGUGGUUGCGCUACUCGCUGUAUCGAGGGUCUCUAGCCGGGACAUUGAACCUUUCACCUCGGCGCCAAACGAACUACAGUACGAUUUAUUUAGUCGUGCACUUGACGUAAAUCAGAAGUUGUGUUUCAUCGAAUCGGGAGCUAAUAAGGAUGCUAUUGAAUUGGAUGUACCUCUCCAAGAAUUCUCAUCUGAAAUUUUGUCUGAGCUAACUAAAAUGCAUGCCGCCUGUGCUGAUAUUUUGGAAACUGAAGUGAUAGAUGUUCUAUUCCAAAGAAUCAAAUCUCAAGAUCCCGAUGUGCAACAUAACUCAGCCAAG